AUGGCUGGCACCUACAUUGCAGACUAUUCAGGCUAUUCCGGAUCGGCUGAGCAUGCAGAUGCGCUUCUUUCUUCUAGCCCUACUGGGUCAGGUGCCGCGUGGUCGGGUGGCGCCGUAGAAGUAUCCAGUGUACACUACCUCGCUGUGCAUCUCUCCCUUUCGCGAAGGAAGAUGACUCGGCCGAAGCAUCUCCCCUCCAAGAUGCUGCAACUGCUCAUUGUGGCAGCGCUUACACUGCUACUGCAUCAUCAGCUCCCAUCGGAUGUCGGGGCUUUUCCAAAAUUGCUGUGUGCGCGUACAGAUUUCGUGACGGGAAAGAUAUACCUCAAAGGCGAUGGCGCCUGGGAAAGAUUUGAAUUCCCAAAUCCACUGGAAAAGCCUCUUGUCUUCUUGGGCUCACCUGACUACAUUGGCGACUACCCGAUAGAGCCACAGGUAGGAGAGGUGGACGCGAAUGGAUUUACGGCCCGCGUGAUGGUGCCAUCGUGCAUAACGGCGGACCUCUCAAGGACUUGGAUUGGUUUACCUUACAUUGCUUGGCGCAAAACGGCUGGACGGGACUACGUAGCGGAUUAUGUUCAGUUGAACAGUUACUCAAGCAUUUCUCCUGGGGCUGUCCAAACAUACUCCUAUUAUGUUCACGACUGGGACCGUAUAAGCAUCCAGAACAUGGCAUAUAUUGAAGAAAAGGCGGCUGCGUUGAACAUGACGGUAAACGUUUACGUUAGGGGCUCCAUCUCCUCUCGAAGAAAAAGAUAUACUAUUACGCUAACCACGUCCACCACGAAUAACCUGCCCACCGUCGGUGUAGCAAUCAUGGGUCUUGGUGCCUCCGUCCCUACCCAUUUUGGCGGAGUGGACAUUGAACUUAGGCCGUCAACGCUGAUCACAUCGGGCAAUGGGUUUUCGCAUUCCCUUGGCUCUCCCGUCCUAGCAUUUAUCCUUCCAUCUUCUGUGUCAGCUUCACACAGCUACGCCGUCGAUUCCAAUUCUAACACAAGUUGCGUGCUUCGAAUUAUAAGCGAUUGCCGGACAGGCGCAAAGCUGAACGACGCUGCUUCUUCUUACUUACUCAUUGCACACGCGCAAGAAUCAAGUAAACAUGAAAACAUGGGCCCAAACUGCUGGAACGCACAGUCUGUUUCUUCAGACCUGCUGCCAAUUUGUGAACUUACAUGCGGGACGAUGUGGUCCCAGCACAAGGAAAAAUACAUGAAGUGCCCCAAUCCAAUGGAAUGCUUCAACACUGACUUCUCGACAGCGUCAGCGAUAGUGGAGGCGUGGGGAGAUCUAUUCGAUGAUCGUUUGGCUGGAGAGUUAUCUACCAGCUGUUCUUUUGCGUCAAGACCUCCUUCUUCACCAGAAGAACAAUACACCUUUGAGCAACUUAUUACGUGGAGUGACACAGCAAGCGGCAGCACGUGGAAUACGGAGGUGGCAUGCGGCAAAGAUGCUGUCCAGCUCGUUCAAGUGCUCUUCAGCGAUGAGUUUGUCCUGAACGGGAAGCUACCUGAAACGCCGUCAUGCGGAAUUCAAGACAUCACAGGUUUAAUGGACAACUUCUGCCAAGGACAAGCGUCUUCCGAUUCAGCGGCGUGCAAUGUAACGGAGGACGCAUUCAUGGCUGCUGCUCUGGUCACCCUAUGCGGAGCAGCUCUAAACCCCUCCAUGCUGAUGCGUUUUAACUGCGGUUCAGCAUCUGGCAAGCCAUCGUGCCUAGCUGCACACCCUUUGCGAAGUUUUUACAACCACACAGAGGAGACAAGAACUGUCAAUGAUGGCGGCCCCCAAUGCACUAAUCUCUCUGACCAGACGGUGGAUACUCUAGAAGAGGCCGUUUGCAGGAAUCUGUGCCUCGAUUUAUGGGAUAUGUUUAAGGAUCAAGCUAUUGCAAACCCGUCUCCAUAUGAUGAAUUUGUGUUAUUGAUGAGGCAGUGGCAUGCUGAUAACCCUUGGGCUCUUACUUCGACCCUUAGCGAAAUCGCCAUUAACUGCACAUACGACCGUCGGGCCGUUUUCGGCUCCACGGACGGAAGCUUUGUCGUGCGCGACCUAUGCCCUGAUUCACGCUUCGCUGACAUUGUUGGCGCCUCAUAUGGUUGCAACUCGGUGAUUGUCGACGGGGAACUGAAGUCAGCCUGCCAAGUGCAUGAUGCCACCAGCGUUGUACAGCAAGCAUGUACUUCUCGCACCUUGACGGAAUGCACCGUCUUCGGGAACCAGUUUCCUCCUACGUUGGAGUUGUGUCCAUCAUGCGACGCAUUCAGUCUUGUUGUAUUUUACAACUGCAAGUUGAGACUAGAGUCAUUGGGCGGGUAUGGUAUUAUUCCCCACGCGUUAUCUGGAAACAUUGUUUAUUCUGGAAACAUACCUUCUUGCUCCUGCGCGGAGGGCUCUGUCCCAGCAACACAGGAGGAGAUUACUGCAUUAACAUCUUGGCAAGCAUUGAUUACACCGCCCGAAAGUUUCGUCCUGAGCGGCGCUCGUGGUGUAUCUGUUGAUGAAGAUGGCGAGUUAACAUUUACAAUUUGGGCACCCUCCUCCGAGUACGACUGCUUAAGUGAAUUCGUCAAGAUCCUUUGCAAGCACCCUGUGGAGCAAGACCCGGAUGAAGGCAUGAUGAACCCAACACCCCUCUGCGAAGAGUCAUUUUCUACGAAACCUGGAAAACGUUCUUCCCACGAUGAACUCUGCAGAGAAACGUGCUCGCACGUACUCAAGAAUAAGUGUUCGUCCAGUGCGAAUAAGUGGGCCUGCAUCAAUGAUAAUAUAACGGACUGCUACGUGCCAAACAGCCUGCGUAAAACCUGUGGAAUACGGGGGAUAUCUCCGCAAUACAAUGAUAAAUAUAGAACAUGUGGAUGCGAUGACCCAACGAUGGAGCCAUGCACUGAAAGUGAGGUCAAAAUGCUCGCUCACGACUGGAUGGGAUAUUUCAAAGACCACUACCAAGGAAAAGGCGGACUCAUCUUGUUGCGGAACAUGGGAGUUAUGGAGGACUCGGGAACUAUUUAUACAGACUUUGGAGUUGCAACUGGAUGUACAAGAUCGUCGGAGUACAAGGGGAUUUUUUGCCGAGGCCUGCAGCCAAGCUGUGAUGGAACAAUCUCUCUCAACAAGAACGAUGUAUCCGAUUACCAGUGUGCAUACUGGUGCCACGAAGUCCACUCCACUUGCAAAGAAACUCAGCCUUCGAAUGCUUCAGCAUGUCUUUAUGAGACGCAGAAGACCCAUUCGAUACUGAAGCAGUGCAGUGUCCCAUCAGAACUAGAGGAUAAAGAACAACAGGACUCCAACAUGGUGGCCGGUACCGCUAUUGUAACGACCGAGUGGAAAGCUGUGGACUUUGAAUCUCCUGUUUCGCCAAAUCCAGUGGUAUUCAUAGGUCUUCUCGAUCCGCUUGGAACAUUUGGUCAGGUACAAAUAACAGCAGUAUCGGAAACUGGGUUUUACAUCCGCCUAGCUGAGGACCACUGUAGAAUUGGCUAUGCACCUGCCUACGCUCAAGUGAGCUGGAUGGCCAUUUCCGAGGACAGCUUCACCAUGCCAACCUCUGGUACAUUGAUUCGAGCUGCCACUGUUGAUGCUACUGUUGGGGAGGAAAUAGACCUGCUUCCUGGCCUUAAGUUGCGCACUUCCUCGACAAAGUUAAUGGAUCCCAAGUCCGGAUGGUCUAACACCAUCACGUACUCUACGGAGGUCUUCGGCAAUCGACCUCCCUUGAUCUUUGGCUCCGUGGUGGUGAGGGUAGGUGGCAAGACAAAGAUGCUAGUAAAAGACCAACUGGAAAUUGCCUCGCCCACUGCCAGGUGGAGUCCCAAGCUAUAUGUGAUUUCUCAAGAAUCUUGCGAGGAUUUCGUCUUUGAAGAAGUCUCCGUUUUAUUCGCUACCGUAUUACUUAUGGUUCUUCACAUCAAAGACCAUUUCACGCCCAACUGCGCCAAAGCCAAGUCUAAAGGUGGGUCGGCUACUGAUGCAGACUGUGUUGCAGAGUGCACAGCAAUAUCUGAAAAAUGCUCACCUCCACUGGCUUGGGAAUGCUUCAUAGCCAGCGCCUCGCAAGAGCUGCAAGCGAAGUGCUACAUCGAGCCCGCAAGCGUCCAGUGUAGGGUUGUCGACAUGUCCAGCCGCCUAGAUAUAGGGUGGGACGUUGAGGCCAUGAGCUGCUCAUGUCCCCAAGGCUUUAGCCCGUGUACGCAUCAUCAAGUUGAACAGGACCGGGCCCACUGGAUUCAAGAUAUUUCCCCUUGGGGUCAGCUGUAG